UCAAAGUCAGUUCUGGCCGACAUCUUCAAAACAAAUCGCGAGCCACGACCUCCGCCAACACCCGAGUCGUGGUCUUCUGCAUCCAAGUCUGAGGGGACUGGGACGACUGGAUGGGGCUCAUUCAGCCAUCGCAAGGCUGAGACAGCUGCGCACACGCACGGAAUAGAUAGUCGCGGGAACCAAUCUAGUGUGUGGAGCGAGAUUACGAAAUCUCGAAAGCCCAAGGUCAAGUCAAAGCUUGGAACGAAGCCGCAUUAUCUACAUGGCCAUGAAUCCAAGACCCCAGCUGACAAACCUCCUCAAGACCAGAAAGUCCCAGCCCAGGACUUUUGGGGAGAGCUGGAAACCAGGGCUACGGGUUUUAGAGGGAAAGAUAAGGGCCAAAAUGAAAAACAAAGACAGUCUACGGACAGGAGGAAGAACGCGCAGAUUGAACAGGGUCAGUGGGAAGAGACAGCUACGCCUAUAAGAAAAGCUGAGGAUAAUACUCAGCCCCAAAAACAGAGACGGAAGUCGAGGCUUGAGAUUGAAGAGGAGGAGGAGGAACCUGUGAAAUCCCGGUCCAAAUCAAAGGCAAAGAAGUCACAGAGAGAAACACGAGCUGCUGAGGAUGACGACUGGGAUGACGAGGCUGUACACCGCUGGGAGCAGAAGCAACGUCGGAAGGCGGAAAAGGAGGCUCUCAAGCAGCAGGCUAAACAGACAGAGCCACAAACCGUCCCAAUAUUCCUCCCAGAAUACAUCAGUGCAUCAAACCUGUCAAAGGCUUUGAAACAGAAUGUAACCCCUUUCCUGCAGGAUAUGGAAGAGAUGGGGUUCGAAAAUAUCACCAGUGAUACAAUCUUCACCGGAGAGACGGCAGCUCUGAUUGCAAUGGAAUACGGCUUCGAGCCAACUGUUGAUACUGGAUCGCUUCGAGAUCUCAGACCUCGACCCUUGCUAGAAGAUGUCUCGACUUUGCCGUCUCGUCCUCCCGUUGUUACAAUAAUGGGCCACGUCGACCACGGUAAAACGACUCUCUUGGACUGGCUUCGAAAGUCUUCAGUCGCAGCACAAGAGCAUGGUGGAAUUACUCAGCAUAUUGGUGCUUUUAUCGUCAAGAUGUCAUCCGGCAAGUCCAUCACCUUCCUCGAUACUCCCGGCCACGCCGCUUUCUUAUCGAUGCGCCAGCGAGGAGCAAACGUCACAGACAUUGUGGUUCUCGUCGUUGCCGCCGAUGACAGCGUCAUGCCCCAAACUCUUGAAGCAUUGAAGCAUGCCACAAGCGCCAAGGUGCCCAUUAUUGUCGCUAUCACAAAGGUUGACAAGGAAGACGCUCGCAUUGAACAAGUCAAAGCAGACCUUUCCCGCCAUGGAGUUGAAAUCGAAGACUAUGGUGGCGAUGUGCAAGUUGUCUGUGUCAGCGGGAAAACAGGCCAAGGCAUGGAAGAUUUGGAAGAAAAUAUUGUCACGCUCUCCGAAAUCCUCGAUGUCCGAGCUGAAGAUGACGGCAUGGCUGAAGGAUGGGUCCUCGAGUCUAGUAUCAAGCCUCAGGGCAAGGCUGCAACAAUCUUGGUCAAGAGAGGAACUCUUCGCCCGGGAGAUUUGAUUGUUGCCGGCAAGACUUGGGCGAGGAUCCGCGUGCUGCGUAACGAAGCUGGCCUCGAGGUGGACUCUGCUCCUCCAGGAACACCAGUGGAAAUUCUCGGCUGGCGAGAGCUGCCCUCAGCUGGAGAGCAAGUACUCCAGUCUCCUGACGAAGCCAAGGCCAAGACAGCAGUCGAGUAUCGCCAAGAGAUGGCCGGACGUGAGCAAAGCUCCAUCCAGCUUGCUGAGCAAGAGCAGCGGCAGCGAGAAAAGGCGGCAGCGGAUGCUGCUGCUGCUGCAACCGAGACGGAGGGCGCGCCAAAAGCUACUGCCGGAGAACCGACUGCGACUGGAAUCUUCACCCAAAACUUCACAGUAAAGGCAGACGUGGUGGGUUCUGUGGAAGCUGUCUGCGGAACUGUCUUGGAGCUGGGCAGCCACGAGGUGCACCCCAAGAUUCUGCGAUCCUCUGCCGGCCAGAUUACGGAAUACGACAUUGACCACGCAGCAACGUCCAACAGCAUAAUCAUCAACUUCAACUGCACCAUCCCACCGCAUAUCAAGCAGCGAGCAGAGGAGGCCAAGGUCAAGAUUCUUGACCACAAGGUCAUCUACCAUGUCAUCGACGAUGUCAAGGCGGCACUGUCCGACCUAUUGCCCAUGAAUGUCACUUUCCGCGUCAACGGCGAAGCCGACGUGUUGCAAGUGUUCCCCAUCAACUUGAAGAAGCGUGUGUUUAGAAACAUUGCCGGCUGCAGAGUCCGAAAUGGCUCCAUCAAGAGGUCGUCUCGCGUCAAGGUCAUUCGCAAGGGCGAGGUAAUCUACGAUGGCAAGCUGGACACUCUGAAGCACGUAAAGAAGGAUGUUCAGGAGAUGGGCAAAGGAACAGAAUGUGGUAUCGGUUUAGAGGAUUUUGACGACUUCCAAGCGGAUGACCAGAUCCAGACAUAUGAGGAGAUUAAGGAGAGGCGAAGCUUGUAA